ACAUGUUUGUCUAAAGUCACCCCAGCCCUCUCUUGAUCCGAAAAGUGGGUAUGGGUGGGCACUCAUCCCUAAGGGUGCCGGGGGCUCGGGCGCCCGGUGGGCUGCGGUGAAAGGCCCUGGGCUGACCCACCCGGCUCCGGCAGCCAGCCGCGGCCCCCUGGACCCCGGCGCGGGCGAGCCCAGAUCUGUCUGCACCGCAUCCCCACGCCCGGCACGCCGCGCUCGGGUUGCGGGGCAACGGGACGUAGAGACGCCGGGCGCGCCGGAGAAGCCCGCCCCCGCCAGCCUCUGCUCCUUUUCCUCCAGACGCCGUUGCCCGGUCACUCCUGGUCCCCCGGCCGGGUCCCUGCUCCCUGCCUCGGUCCGUCCGCUGCCCUCGCCAGGGACUCCGCGCCAGGACGCUCGGCAGCAGUGGAUAAGGCCCGGCGCAGGCACCGCCCCCCCCCCCCCCGCUGCGCGAGGCGACGUCACUUCCGCCGGCGACCCCUUCCCGACCCUGAGCCCCCAACCCUGUCACAGGAUCGCCGCGGUCCCGUGGAGGUCCACGCUGCUCCCUUCUUGGGCGCGGGCCCUGGGGGCUGCCAUGGCCCCCGGCCACCUGUCGGUGCGGGAGAUGAGGGAGGAGGAGAGGCCCCUGGUGCUGGAGAUGCUGAAGGCCGGCGUGAAGGACACAGAAAACCGCGUGGCCCUGCAUGCUUUGACACGGCCACCAGCCCUGCUUCUCCUGGCAGCAGCCAGCAGCGGCCUGCGCUUCGUCCUGGCCUCCUUCGCCCUGGCCCUCCUCCUGCCUGUGUUCCUGGCAGUGGCAGCCAUGAAGCUGGGCCUGAGGGCCCGGUGGGGCUCACUGCCUCCACCAGGCAGCUUGGGGGGCCCCUGGGUGGCGGUUCAGAGCUCUGGCGAUGUGUGCGGGGUCCUGGCUCUGGCCCCCCACCCAAAGGUGGGGAGCGGGGCCCAGGUCACCCGUCUCUCCGUCUCCCGCUGGCACCGCCGCCAGGGCGUGGGCAGGAGGCUGCUGGCCUUUGCUGAAUCCCGGGCCCGGGCCUGGGCAGGGGGCAUGGGGGAGCCCCGGGCCCAGCUCGUGGUCCCGGUGGCUGUGGCAGCUUGGGGGGUAGCAGGGAUGCUGGAGGGCUGCGGCUACCAGGCCGAGGGGGGUUGGGGCUACAUGGGGUACACGUUGGUGAGGGAGUUCAGCAAAGACUUGUGACUCCAGCUUGCCUGAGAGCUGAGCUUGGGCUAGUUGUUCCCUUCACCACGGCCCUUUGGGGAGGAUGGGGAGGGUGGGUGACCUGCCAGUGAAUCCCCAACCCUCCCAGGGCCCAGAACCCUGAGGCUGCAGAGGGGAAGAGACCCACCGUAACCUGCUUGACGUCUGCAGUGUCCAGUGUGUAGUGUUAGGGCCUCUGGAGUGGAUUCGCUCUUUUCCUUCCUGGCUCUAGGGGGGCCCCCCAAAGCUCAACCUGUCCACCCCUCACCUCAGGUUCUGUCUGCACUGAGAAAGCUCCUGGGACCACCUGUCUGCAAAGUCCUGUUUGUGCUACAGGCCUGGGAGAGACGUGGGGGGCAGGAGGCUUAGCAAGAAGGCCCCCCAGGAGUUAGGCCUUGAAGGCCUCCCUGGGAAUGGGCUGGGGUUUGCAGCCUGUCCUCGGGGGGAGGCUGGGACUGCCGAGUGGAGGGCGUGCACUGGGA